AUGAGAUCGUCUUCGUCACUUCUCAUAGCCAUCACCCUUCUUCUUCUUCUGGCCUCCGUUCUCCCUCCGUCAACCCAAUCAAAGAACGACGACGAUGACGACUCCGGCUACCUGAUCGACCGGAUAUGCAAGAAAACUCCAUUCUUCGACCUCUGUUCCGCCACGCUGCACGCCAACCCUCUCACUCCCAAAUCCGAUCUCAAAACCAUCGCUCUCGUCGUCGUCAAGGACAUUCUCGUGAACGCCACCGAAACCCUCUCCCACAUCGAAUCCCUCAUCCACCACACCUCAGAUCGCCGAUUGGAACAUUCCCUGGCUUUCUGCGCCGAAUGCUACAUUCCGCUCAUCAAGUACACUCUCCCUCAGGCCGCCGACGCCGUCAGCCAAGGUCAAUUUGGGUUCGCCGCGUAUUGUGUGCGCUAUACGGCGAAGCAGGUGCAUAGGUGCGAGAGGAAGCUGGGAGGGACGAAGGCGUCGUCGCCGUUGGAGGAUCAAAACGGCGUAGUGCAUAAGCUCGCUGGUGUGGCUUCUGCAAUAAUAAAGUUGUUACUCAACGCUUGA